UGUCGCGGGAACUUCAGUGCAAACAAACACUAGUAGCAGGCUCUGAGCUAGCUUAGCAUCCAACCCAGCUUGCUUAGUUCAACUCUCAUGUUAGCCUUGUCAAGUGAACGGCCUAACGUCCCCCUGUAAAGAUAUUGUGGUGGAAUAUUCCUUUACUUCAGUAUCUUAGUGAAAUAUGUAAUUCCAUGGGGCAAGUAACGUUUACGCUAGCUAUGUAGCCUAGCUAUAUAGCUAGCACCAAGCUAGCAUCUAAACAUCUUCAAAGAGGCUAGAGAUGCUGCCUUGCCAACACACACUUGUUGAUAAUCCGCUUAGUUAUGGCCAAGUCGUAGCAACUGUCAAAACGGUGAAACAGGGAAUGCAUUAAACUAGCUCUAGCCCGAUACGAUUGGUUAGAUCUGACGAAAACUGACGUUAUUGCUGUAGACCUAGUCAUAUAGGACUUGUUUAACAACAAUUCAGAAGCCAUCGAAGUUUAGUUUUAAUUGCAGUUAAGUGGGUUGCAUUUCACAGCCUCUGCUUUUUGGAGUCGAGUUCGAAUCAUGUCACGACUAACUAAGGAAGAGCUUGAUGAACAGUUCGAGCAGUUCUUGAAAGAGUCUGUUUCGGAUGAGUCUGUGGACUUGGGUGGAACUGGCAGUACCCAUCGCUCCAGUGUUCUGGACAGUUUAGGCAAAGCCAGACCCGCUCCGAAACCCCAGAAGAAGUCUGCUGUCUCGGUGCCUUGGUGGCAAGAUGAGGAUGACAGCGAGGGAGGACCUGGAAGAGAAGAGAGUUCUGUGAAGCGCAGAUUCACCAAAGUGAGAAAGGCCCAGGCUGAGGACACUCAGCAGGAUGCCAUCCUGCCUGGAAAGGGCCCUCCUGAGGGUACGAGCCCAGCUCCAUCCCUCCUCCCUCCUGAGGCUGUGAGGGCGGAGCCCCGCUUUAAGCCCACGCCUAAACCUCGCAGCAAGCCUCUGGAUAGGCUGAGCCAGCUGGACAAGAUUCACACAGCCAAUCAGGAGGUUCCUUGGCCAGAGGUGGACUCCCACAGUGAAAUACAGAGGAGCCCCACAAAUGAAAGCUCCCACAAUGCACCAGGAGUCAGGAGUCCUGACGAGAGCCUCCCUGAGGGGUCAGCAAGGGCCAGCAGUGAUAGUGAUUCCCAGAGCAGUGGAGACGGACUGCUGGUGUCUGGGAGAACCUUCCGGAAGUCCCUGAGGAGGUCGCAGCCCAUCCAGGAGGAGGAGGAGGGGCGGCCGGGGGAGGAGGAGCUGGGGCCAGUGGUCUCCUUCAGCAGAUACAGCCAGGAGCAGGAGGAUCCGUUGCUGGCGUCAGGGCGGAGCAGGGGCCUGGCGGGCGGGGGCCUGGCGGGCGGGGGCCUGGACACCCUGGAGGAGGAGGAGGAGAAGGCUCGCUUCUUCGCCCGCCUGGAGGGAGGGCCCUCAGCUGUGGACUACAGCAGACUCAACAGGGAGCUGGAGUCCACCAGCUCCACCACCGCCACCACACUCAGGAAUGCUGAGCGAGUGGUUGGGCUGGAGGAUAGAGAACAGGAUGAGGAGGUGGAGUCGCCAGCAGCCUCCCCUCACUACAGCGAGGACUUCGAAGAUGAAGGCAGCGCCCGCGAGGAUGAGGAGCAGAAGCCGCUGAGACCAGCCAUGCUCGCCAGAGUCUCCCUCCACGAUUCGCUGGAUUCCACCUGUGAAGUCCUGCCCACAGGCGAGAGAGGAGGGUCUGAAGAGGAGGAGCAGGAGAGGAGGAGAGAGGCCAGGGACACAGCAGACUCUCUGGAGACAGAGACAGCUCUACCAGCCCGGUCCUACGGCCAGAGUGGAGGCAGUGACAUGGAGGCCCUCCAUGAGGCCUACCGGCAGAUCAGCCUGCCUGCGGAGGGCUCCGGGGCCCCCUCGCCCCAGCUCCCUGCUCCCCAGCUGCCUGCUCCCCCGGGGGGCAGGGACAGGACCAGCAGCCCUGGGUCCCCCCCUGCCCCCACCACCACCUCCCCCCCUGGACCAGGGGCCCCCAGUGGGUCUCUCAGGGCUGCCUCUACCUCCGGAUCAGAUCUGCCGACAGCAGAGGAGCUGUUGAGACGCAUCAUGCCUGACACUGACGACAGCAGAGGAUUCACACUGCAGCCUGUCAGCGGGGCUGAGCUCCACCCUUCCAGCCCAGGCAGGUCUGGGGAGAGGUGCUCCCCGCAGACCAGCCCCCGACGCUGGGCCUCCUCCGCCCCCUCCCCUGACGCCCCCUCCCCGGCCCCCCGGACCCCCAGCAUCAGAGAGGAGGUGUCCAGGCUGAUGCAGGAGGGGGGGCUCUGGCCCCCGGACCUGCUCUCCCUGCCCGGUACACACCAGCAGCGCCAGGUACCUAGCUGGUCUGCCGCCUCUGGUCCGCCCAGCGCCCCCCAGAGGAGAGGGAGAGGAGGGGGGAGGAAGCCUCCCACUGUGGCCCCCCGGAGCCCCGGGCCAGGCAGACCUGGGGCUGGGGCCGGGGUGAGGGCUAAGGCUGGGGCCGGGGUGAGGGCUGGAGCUAAGACCGGGGCUAACGCUGGGGUGAGGCCCGGGGCUGGGGCCAAACCUCCAUCAACCCUGGACCAGACGAGAGCCAUCAGUUCCAGUCCUGCUCUCUCUGUGCAGACACAAGCUCCGCAGGCUCUCAGAGUGAGCGGCGAGCUCGUGGCGUCCGUCCAGUCCUUCGCCGCCUUCCUCCAGCACCAGAUCGACACCGGUGGGCGCCAAAACACCGCCGACGUCUCCCGGGAAACCAGGGAACGCCCCGAGGGCGGAAGGAGAGAGCCUGGGUGGAGGGAGGAGAGCAGGGCUGAAGAGCGGCCCCUGGUGGACAGGGUGAGACUGCAGCCUGACCAGGACAGAGAGGAGGGGACUGCCAGAGACCAGCUGACCCAGCAAGAGCUCAGCUCUCUGAGACAGGAGAACUUCCUCCUUCAGAGCAAGCUGCGCAGCGUGGAGGAGACCAGCAGGAGGGGGAGGUGGUGUGUGGAUCCCUCAGAUCCUCUCUCUGACAAGAUCCAGCUGAUGGAGAAGGAGAUGAACAACCAGGAGAUUCUCAUCCAGGGAUACCACCAGGAGAAUGAGAAACUGUACCAGCAGAUGAAGUCCCUGCAGGCCCAGAGGAAAGUGGACGAGGAGGCCAUGUUCCUGGAGAACCAGAGGCUGCUCAGUGAGCUGGCCCUCACCAGGGAGCAGAUGAACAAGAGCAACAUGCAGAGGACUGUGGGAAAUGUAGGCGUUGUGGACCAGAGUCAGCGAAUCACAGAGCUUCUUGGUCAGAUCCAGGCUGCACAGAGGGUGGAGGCCAGGCUGGUGGAGGAGACCGCCAGACUGAAGCAGGAGAAGCAGGGUCUGGAGGUGGACCUGCAGGUGAUGAGGAGAGAGAGAGACCAGGCUCACACUCUGACCUCCCCAGGCCAGGCGGGCUGGGAGCAGGAGGAGAGGCACCGUGAGGAGGUGUGUGCUCUGACCAGGAGGCUGCAGUGGUACGCUGACAACCAGGACCUGCUGGACCGAGACACCGCCAGGCUGAAGGACGCCACGGCAGAGAUCAGCAAGCUCACCCAGCAGGUGGAGAAGCUGAAGGCGGAGGUGGGGAGGAGUCGAGCUGUCCAGCGACAGAGCAGAGCCCAGGAGAGAGCAGCUGACGCCAGGAGGACUCAGAACCUGGAACGCCAAGUGAAGGAGCUGGAGGCGAUCCUGAGACGCAGGAACCCCAACUCCCUCCCAGCUCUCCUCUACGCCGCGGCUGGCGCGAACGGGGCCCACGACCAGGGAGGGGAGCCUCCCACCCAGACAGCCGCCCUAUUGGAGCGCCGCGUCCACAGGCUGGAGGCGGAGCUGGAGAGCAAAGACGAGGACGCCAAGAGGAGCCUGCGGACCAUGGAGCAACAGUUCCAACGCAUCAAGCUCCAGUAUGAGCAGCAGAUCUCAGAGCUGGAGCGCCAGGUGGCUGCUGGGACCGGCCCGUCCGAGUCCUGGGAGACCCGGGUUCGACUCCUGCAGGAGGAGCUGGGCCGGCUGCAGGAGACCCAGCAGGCCCGGGAGCAAGCCCUCCAGGACCAGGUCCACCUCCUCCAGGGCCAGCUCUCCCAGCGGGCCCAGGCUGGACCAGGCCCAGGAACACGACCAGGCCCAGGAACAACACCAAGCCUAGAACCAGGAACAGGACCAGAACCAGGGCCAGGAACAAGACCAAGCCUAGAACCAGGACCAGAACCAGGCUCAGGUCGAGGCCUGCGAAGCCCCUCUCGCCACCAGCGCCAGACAGAAGCCGCGCAGGGCGCCCGAAUCGAGCGUCUCACCCAGGAGCUCGCAGCCAAAACCCGCAGCGUGCAGGAGCUGACCCGCACCGUGGACCGGCUCCAGAGAGAGAGGAGGACCAUGCUGGGCGGCCCGGCCCCCGGCCCCAGGCCCGAGGCCCGCGCCGGGGACCCCCGGAGGCCGGCGCCUCCCCCCGCUCCCCCGGCCGACCCGGGGGAGCGAGGGGAGGCGGCGUUCCCCCCCACCCUGGACGAGAAGGCCUACCAGCCCACGGCGUUCGCGGGGAGCCACAUCUCCGAGGUGCUGCAGGAGAAGGAAGCGCUGCGGGAGAGGCUGGAGAGGCUGGAGGUGGAGAGGGGACAGGAGAGGCUGGAGAGGCUGGAGGACGCAGCGCUGGCCCGGGAGGAGCUAUGCAGGCUCCAGGAGAGCUCGGCGGAGCAGCUGUCGUGUGUUCAGGUCGUCCACCAGGGGGAGCUGGAGCGCCUGCUGGCACGCCACGCCCUGGAACACUCCUCCUCCAAGCUGGCCCAACUGACCAAUCACAUCGCCACGCAGGAGGUCGUGGUGCAGCACCUGCGUGAGCAGGUGAAGGAUCUGCAGAGCACCAAGGACGCCCUGGCCGUGUCCAAGCUCAGAGAGGACGCUCUCCAGGACCAGCUGGCCAGGCUGUUGGAGGACCUAAAGCAGGCGACGGAGGCUCACAGCCCCCAGCUGAGACACUUCCUCAGCCUGGACAGGAAGAUCCACAGCAUGGAGGUCAGACAUGCUCAGAGGGAGAGGGAGCUGCAGCAGGUGGUGGGCCGGAGUCUGCCGGGGCAGCAGCAGGGAGAGGCAGGGGAGGCGCAGGCCUGGCGGAGGCUGGCCCAGGAGAGGAGCCGGGAGCUGGAGGUGUUCCGCCUGGAGCUGGACUCCAUCCUGGACAUCCUGAGAGCGCUGCAGCAGCAGGGAGUGGUCAUCCCUAGCCCCGCCCACCUGGGCGGAGCCUGGACCACCUGACACCCACACUCACACACACACACGCUCGCUCACACACACAAGCACACACCUUCCCACAAACACACAAUCUGUGCUCAUCUCUUUCAUGGUCUUUUUCCCACAUGGACACAAACACACUCUUCUCGUUCUCUCACACACACACAUUACACACCUGUCUCUCACACACACACAUUACACACCUGUCUCUCACACACACACAUUACACACCUGUCUCUCACACACACACAUUACACACCUGUCUCUCACACACACACAUUACACACCUGUCUCUCACACACACACAUUACACACCUGUCUCUCACACACACACAUUACACACCUGUCUCUCACACACACACACAUUACACACCUGUCUCUCACACACACACAUUACACACCUGUCUCUCUCUCACACACACAUUACAUACCUGUCUCUCACACACACACAUUACAUACCUGUCUCUCACACACACACAUUACACACCUGUCUCUCUCACACACACAUUACACACCUGUCUCUCUCUCACACACAUUACACACCUGUCUCUCUCACACGUUACACACACCUCUUUGUUGUACAAAGGGUCCGCUACCGUAGCUCAUAAUUAUUCAUGCCAUGAGUCUGCUCGCUGAAGCAAUACGUAAAGGCUUUAUUUUUGUAGAUUGUUUUGUGUGUAUAGAGAGAGCCCUGUUUUAUUUGUGGUUAUGUAUGUAAUGUAUUCCAUAUGUGGUCAAAAUAAAUAACGUUUCAAUA